AUGGCGGGUCUAAGCACUUCUGCUCUAAGACCCGGUUCUUCUUCUUCUUCUCAUCUUAUCCCAUCAUCACCACAUUCAGGCCUCUUGUUAUUACUCACGCUCCUCUCGCUCUCUCUGGCCGCAUUCGCGUUUGUUCUUCAAUGGCGCGGCGGGUUGCCCGACCCAACUAGUCGAGACCCGACCGAACUCGACCCUUUUGGUUUUCCGGGCUUGGAACCGUCCGGACCCGUUAAAUCCUCCUCUUCCUCAGUUGAUUGUGGUGAUAUUCUGGGCCGGAGUAGUGUGCCGUCGUUUCCGUAUUACAGGGACUGGAAUUUCAGCUUUGGCCCGGGAUCCGGAUCCGAUUAUGGGGUUAAGAUUUGCAUUACUACCAGCACAUCUGCUGGCUUAGAGCAGAUACUGCCAUGGAUAUUCUAUCAUAAGGUGAUUGGAGUCGCACAGUUUUUCCUGUUUGUGGAAGGGAAAGCUGCAUCAAACAAUGUAGCUAGAAUACUUGAGUCCAUUCCUGGAGUAGAUGUUAUCUACAGGACUAAAGAAUUAGAGGAGCAACAAGCUAGGAGCCGGGUUUGGAAUGAAACUUGGUUGGCGAACUUCUUCUACAAGCCUUGCAACUAUGAGUUAUUUGUCAAGCAGUCCCUCAACAUGGAAAUGGCUAUUGUCAUGGCUAGAGAGGCCGGUAUGGAUUGGAUUGUUCAUCUUGAUACGGAUGAGCUCAUGCAUCCAGCUGGUACCCGCCAUUACUCUGUUCAGGAGCUGCUGUUGGAAGUUCCUCGAGAUAUUGACUUGGUGAUUUUUCCAAAUUAUGAGAGUUGCGUUGAAAGGGAUGAUAUACAGGAGCCUUUCAGUGAGGUGUCAUUGUUCAAGAAGAAUUACGAUCAUUUGUUGGAAGAUAAUUACUUUGCAAAUUACAAGGAAGCAACAAGGGGUAAUGCAAACUACUUUUUGACUUAUGGAAAUGGGAAAUCAGCCGCUCGUAUCAAGGAUCAUCUUCGCCCCAAUGGUGCUCACAGAUGGUACAACUACAUGAAGGAACCCAAUGAGACAAAGUUUGAAGAGGCUGCUGUUCUACACUAUACAUAUACAAAGUUUUCAGAUUUGACUUCUAGGCGUGAUCGUUGUGGUUGUAAGCCCACGAGAGAAGAUGUCAAGAGAUGCUUCAUGUUAGAUUUUGACAGAGAUGCAUUUAUAAUCGCUUCAACUUCAACAGAAGAAGAGAUGCGUCAAUGGUACCAAGAACACGUUGUAUGGACUGAUCCAGAUGUUAAUACUAAACUUUUACGCGCAGGAAUCCUGGAACGAAUUAAUGCUCCCCAGGUCAUUGUGCAGGGAUUGAAGGAAUUAGGCAUUUUUACUGAUGUAGUAGCAUCAGCGCAAAAACAACCAAGGCAGGCUUCUGUCCUUGGAUCUCUGGAAAUUUCUUCUAGGAAAUUUGGGCGUGUUGACGCUCAAGCUGCAAGAAAGAUUUUGGACUUUCCAGGAAACAAAUCCCAUGCCAUUCCCCCAGAGUCGCCUCCACCGGUAGAUGACACGCAACUUCCCAUGUAA